AUGGCUGACCAGGAACUCAAGCUCUUCGCCGAAGAAGUCCAGGCCGUCAAGCAGUGGUGGAAGAACCCUCGCUUCGCCAACACCACCCGCCCUUACACUGCCGAGCAGGUCGUCUCGAAACGAGGCACUCUCAAGCAGACUUACCCCUCGGACACCCAAGCCAAGAAGCUCUGGAAGACGCUCGAGAACCAUGCCUCCAAGGCCACCACUUCGCACACCUACGGUGCACUUGACCCUGUUCAGGUAACCCAGAUGGCAAAGCACCUCGAAACCGUCUACGUCUCCGGUUGGCAGUGCUCGUCGACCGCCUCGUCCACCAACGAGCCCGGUCCCGAUCUUGCCGACUACCCUUACAACACUGUCCCCCUCAAGGUGGAGCACCUCUUCAUGGCCCAGCUUUUCCACGAUCGCAAGCAGCGCGAGGAGCGAAGUAACAUGUCGCCCGAGCAGCGUGCCAAGACUCCUCUCAUCGACUACCUCCGUCCCAUUGUUGCUGAUGCCGACACUGGCCACGGUGGUCUUACCGCUGUCAUGAAACUUACCAAGCUCUUUGUCGAGAAGGGUGCAGCUGGUAUCCACAUUGAGGACCAGGCUCCUGGUACCAAGAAGUGUGGUCACAUGGCUGGUAAGGUGCUUGUUCCUAUCCAGGAGCACAUCAACCGUCUCGUUGCUAUCCGACUCCAGUACGACAUUAUGGGUGUCGAGAACCUCGUCGUUGCCCGUACCGACUCGGAAGCUGCUACCCUGAUCACCACCAACGUCGACGAGCGUGACCACGCCUUCAUCCUCGGUACCACCCACACCAACCUCGAGUCCCUUGUCGACAUUCUCAACCGUGCCGAGCAGGAGGGUGCCGAUGGUCCCAAGCUCAUCGCCCUCGAGGACGAGUGGCUCAGCAAGGCUCAGCCCGUCCGCUACGGUGAUGCUGUCGCCGCCGAGCUCGAGAAGAAGGGCAAGAAGGCCGAGGCCGACAAGUUCCGCAAGGAGGUGAUCGGCAUCUCGCUCAUCAAGGCUAAGGCCAAGGCCAAGAGUCUUGGUGUCGAGAUCGGCUUCGACUGGGAUGCCUGCCGAACCCGCGAGGGAUACUACCGAUACCAGGGUGGUACCGACUGUGCCAUCAACCGUGCCAUCGCUUUCGGUCCUUACGCCGACUUGCUCUGGAUGGAGACCAAGUCGCCCAUCCUUGCCCAGGCCAAGGAGUUCGCUGAGGGUGUCAAGAACGCUCGUCCUCACCAAUGGCUCGCAUACAACUUGUCGCCAUCGUUCAAUUGGGAUGCCGCUAAGCUCAGCACCGAGCAGAUGAAGAGCUACGUCUGGGAUCUCGGCAAGCUUGGCUUCGUCUGGCAAUUCAUCACUCUUGGUGGUCUCCACUCGAACGCCUACAUCUCGGACCUCUUCGCUGCUGGAUUCGCCAAGGAGGGUAUGAAGGCCUACGUCGAGUUGGUGCAGCGCAAGGAGCGCGAGAUUGGCUGUGAUGUCUUGACACACCAGAAAUGGUCGGGCGCCAACUUUGUCGAUGCUUGCUUGAACACUGUUCUCAAGGCUGCUUCCACUUCGGCCAUGGGCAAGGGUGUUACCGAGACCCAAUUCAAGUAA